UAACCAGAUAUGUUUGUAGUGCAGACAGAUUAGAACGUUCUGCGUUGUUACUAAUUACGAUCACAUACCAAUUUACAAAAUCGAAUAAUGCCGGAUUAUUUUGAAGUAAAACAAAGUUCUGAGUUUGGCCGUUAUACCACGGCGACUAAAAAUAUAUUGGCUGGUGACAUAAUAUUUGAAGAAUAUCCGUUUGUUGUGGGUCCGAAGGCGAAUGUGCCACCGGUUUGUUUGGUUUGUUGUUAUACAGUCGAUGGUAGUGAAAAUGGACCACGGUGUCCGAAAUGUCGUUGGCCAUUGUGUGGAAAUUGUAUCGGUCAUGAGUAUCAUCUUGAGGAAUGUGACUUGUUCGUUCAAAAUCAUGUGAAAUUUGAAGAUUUCGAAAGUUACGAAGAACCAUGUCUGCAAUUGGAUUGCAUUACACCGUUGCGACUUCUUCUAGCAAAGGAUUCCGAUCCAAAACGUUGGGAUGAAGAAGUUUCUAUAAUGGAACAUCAUGAGAUGAACCGUCGCAACACAGAUCAAUGGAAAAUGGAUCAUAGGAAUGUCGUUGAAUUUUUGCAUGGUCCUUGUAAACUGAACGAUCGCUUUACGGAGGAUUUGAUACAGCAAGCAUGCGGAAUAUUACAAGUAAAUGCUUUCGAAGGGCGAACUUCAUUCGCAGCCGGCUGCAAUUUACAAUGUUUAUUUCCCAAAUCUGCUAUCACAGCUCAUUCAUGCGUUCCCAAUGUCAACCAUUCUAUUUAUCCCAGUGAUCAGUUCAAAAUUACGGUCAGAGCCACAAUCGACAUUAAAAAAGGGGAGACGCUGUACACAACUUAUACUAAUUUGAUGGUGGGGACGGAACAACGUCAGGACCAUUUAAAGAGUGGAAAAUAUUUUACGUGCCAUUGUACUCGUUGUGAAGAUCCAACAGAGUUAGGAACACAUUUCAGAACGUUCAAAUGUAACAAAUGCGAACUCGGACUAAUUUUGUCCGACGAUCCAUACGAUGAUAGCAGCAAAUGGAAAUGUUCACAUUGUGAGUUUGCUACGCCAGCCACGUCAAUAAGGAAGGUGUUGUCAGUAAUUCAAGCUGAAACUGACGCUCUACAAAGCAUCGAAUUCGGACCGGAACGCCUAGAAAAAUGUGAAUACGUUUUUCGAAAAUACCGUGGUGUCUUCCAUCCAUCCCAUUAUCUGUUGACGGAACUACGACAAAACCUAAUUGAGUUGUAUGGGCGUGUUGAAGGAUAUGAAUUGCAAGAUUUGACCGAUAAUCUACUCGAGCAUAAAAUGAGCAUGUGUCGAUCCGUAUUGAAUGUUCUAAAUGUUUUAUAUCCAGGAAAGACACGAACUCGUGCAAUGUUACUGUAUGAUUUGCAUGCUCCAAUUGUGCUAUCAGCAAAAAUAUCGUAUGCAACGGGUCUGAUUCAAGAUGACGAACUGAAACGUAAAUUACAAGAAGCUAUAUCCAUGCUGGAAGAGAGUACCAAUAUAUUAGAGUGGGAAGAUGCGGACAGUGUUGAGUAUAAUGUUGCUCAAAUUGGAAAACAGUCUCUGCUGCAAUUAAAAGAGAGCGUCAAGUCAAUUUAAAAUGAAAACUAGGUACUUCUAACAAUUGCGAAAACUUUUGCUAGCGCUGAAGCAUUAAUUGAUUUUGAUUUAAUUCUUCAUUUGCCUUAUAAAUACGAAUAUAUUCAGCACGUCACACACCUCCAACGGUACUAUUGUUACACUAAUAACAUUAAAAUGUUUGUACAUGAUAUUGUAAAUAGAAUUUGAGAUUUGUUCUUUGUUUCAUUCAUCAUUUGUUUCAACUACACAGGUACAAGUAUUGUGUAGCAGGUUGGGGAAGUAGUAAACUUAUCGAUGAGUCAGAGG